AUGUCGAUGGAAAAUAAUAACGGACCAGUUACCCGCGUCAUUAGGCUGCCGCAAGGGCACUACCGCCGCGUUGGCAGCGAUGAAGCACCCGAGUUUCUGAAGGACGUCAACCUCGACGUCCCGAGUUUCGAGGACAUGAAACAAUGCUGUGAAAACACAUGCUUUAUUUCCGACGAGGAAUACUCGAAACUCAAGCCAAACUCGGAGCUCUACACGGGUGACGCCUCGCUUACGAUCGAGGAGGAAGCCGCUGUUGACGAUGCGCAACUGUUUUACGAAGUGUACAGCAAGCGCCUUAUGACCGGCGUUAGUGAAACCGGCGUACAAACCUCUUUUCAGCAGGAUAACUCUGUUGACGUAGGUGUCGGCACCCCGCGGGAGAACGCAGAGCAAAGGGCCGGCGACGUGGAGAAACAAGAUGGCGAAGGACAGGGCGAGAUCCAAAUGACAGGAGCGCAAUCGGCGCUUAUUGCGGAAGGAGAAACCGGUGAGAUGACAGAAGAAAUGAAGGCUAAGCAACUCGCUGCGACCGAGAAGCUUAACAUGAUAGGAGGGCCAAUGCACAUUGAUUGCAAUAGCCCGGACGUCUUUAAGAACGGAGGCGUACCCACCCUGUUCUACACCAAAUCCAGGGAAAGUCCGACUCUAGUCAUGCUGUCGAUCGACUACGAGAUGCAAGUCAUAUACUUGAGCAGAAACGACAUCAACAGGUUCUUCCCAAUCAAACUCAUCAGCAGGCUGGUUACCAACACGACCAUCAUAGCUGAGGAGUUCGAAAGGCAAAUAGAAGCCGACAAAGGCAUCAGGCUCGACAACACUAUCGUCCUAAACGCAGCAAACUUCACAGACUCUGUCGCCAUCCAGUUCCCAGACCCUAUAUUGAAGGACAGGUUCAUUGAAGAUCUCAAACAACUCAAAAACGAAAUACGCGCACAGAACCAGUAA